UGUCCCGGCAGCUUGACGUGUAGUUGAUCGCAAUGGAAACCUCCGUCACAAGCCGCAGGAAACAAAUUGUCUGCAGUUUAGUUUGAACAUCAACAACAUUUUGAACGCUCACCGUCGCUUCGAGUCCAGCGAGGCGGCGUCGGCAGCGUUCCUCCUGCGGGGCUGCUGUGGCGACCCGUGCGGCCCGGUGGAUGCUGGGCUGAGGCCUCCGCUCCGAUGCCAGUUGGAAUCUGCUUUGUCCCUCCUGCGGCCCUUUAGCUGGCAAAAAAAUAUGAGCCAGACGCAACGAUGACAUCCAGAUUCGGUAAAACCUACAGCCGCAAGGGAGGAGAGAGCACGUCCAAGUUUGAUGAAGUCCUGUCCACCAAGAGGGGCACCCUGAGCACAAAAUGGGGGGCCACCACCUACAAGGCCAAGGUGGGCUCCAAGCGCGCCGGCGCUCCCAACAGCGCCUCGGUCCUGGACGUCCACAAGAGAGCCCGGCCCUGCGGGGAUGACUCGGAAGACCCCUUCGGCUUUGACAGCGACGAGGAGUCCAAGCCGGUGUCCUCUCGCAGCAGCAAGUUGUCCCCUGCCAAGGCGGAGAAGAUCUCUGUGGACUCCAGGAGCUGGUCCAACUUCCACGAAGGACUUCAUGCCUCCACGCAGGAGACGUCACGGCCCGCCAGGAAGCAGUCGGGACUGGGCGAGGACACCAGUCCAUUCUUCAACAGCAGCCAAGCAGAACAUUUCCAGAACUGGUGUUCGUCUUCAGAGCAGCACCACAGCUACUCCUGGUACCAGAACGCCUCCGAGCGCGACCAGAAGCCUCUGGCGCAAACCACCACCCUGAAGACCACGUCCAAGGCCGACUGCGCCUACAGCUCCUGGGACUCCCUCAUGGGCCUGCGACCGCCGUCGCCCAGCCAGGAGCCGCGUAACCCCGCCCCCUCGCUCUCCUGGACUACGGCGGGCGUCUGCGAGCCGUUGAACAGCCGCCACCAGAAGCUGCCCUCGCCUCCUGGACUGCGCAGCCCCGCAGGGAGCCAGGGUCUGGACAGCGACCUUCUGUUCGGCUUGGAGACGUCCGAUUAUUCUCAGACGCCGUCGUCGCUUGUGAGGAACUCAAACUGUCGGACGUACAGGAGGCCCAGCAAGCAGCCCUCCUCCAAAGACUCUGCCCCCUUUGCCAGCAGCAUUGUGGCUCCAGACGCUCUCUCUAGCAGCGCUGACAAGACCAGGACCAGGGACUACACCGUGCUCCACCCGUCCUCCGUCUCCAUGUGCACCGUCACCAUUCAGGGCGGCAGCAGGGAGGAGGCGGCGCCCUCUAGUGGCGGCGGCGGUGCCACGGAGCAGGUGGACGCGGCAUGGCAGCGCAAGAAGAUGGAGCAACAAACCAUCAGCCAGGACCAGUCCAGACCAAAGAAGACAUGCAGCGUGGACAUGUUUGGCUUCGAAGACGCGGACGCCCAUCAGGAAGACGACGCCUCAGACGGCUCGUCCCAUUACAAAAUCCAGUACUUUGGUUUCGACGACAUGAGCGACGGCGACGGGGCCGCCAACAGCGACGACGACUGCCGGCCCAAAGCCAGGAGGAAGGUGAAGAAGGCCAUGGAGUCGCUGCUGGUCGCCGUGGAGGAGUCGCACGACUCUCCGCCCACUGCCGACUGCGACGGGCAGGAGAGACCGCCCGCCAAGCGCAGCAAAGUCAACCAUCAGAAGCAGGAGAGCAGGACAGACGUCCUGAGCUUCUGUGAGGACGACCUCAUGGUGGUGGCUGCAGGUCCCGUCAGACCCCCUCAGGACAAACCCUGCGACAAGAACCAGGACACCCACCGCAGGAUCUUCAGUGCACUAAAGAAGUCUCCCACCAAAGCGGUGUACAACGCCCGACACUGGGCUUUGGCGAGCGAAGAGGAGCCCCACCCCUCCUGCUCGUCGUCCCGCUCACAGUCGGCCCCCGCGACACGCUCUGCAGGAGCGCCGAGUAACGAGCCGCCGGGCGUUCAGAAGGACGACGGCGUCUUCAAGGCCCCGCCUCCUCCCCCCAAAGUCACCAAGUGUGUCAGCGUCCCCAGCGACCCCUACCAGGACACGGUCACCGCGCUCAAGUGCCGCAAAGAGCACAAGGAGCUGUACACGGUGGUCCAGCACGUGAAGCACUUCAACGACGUGGUGGAGUUUGGAGAGAACCAGGAGUUCACCGACGACUUUGAGUAUUUGGCUGCCGGGCUGAAGAGCGGACAACCUCUGAACACUCGCUGCCUCAGUGUGAUCGGCCUGGCCACGCGCUGUGCCAUGCCCAGCUUCAGGAUGCACCUGCGGGCCCGGGGGAAGGUGGCGCAGGUCUUCAAAACGCUCAUUGACGCCCCCCAGCACCACAACCUGGCCAUGUGCACCGCCUCCCUCAUGUACAUCCUCAGCCGCGACCGCUUGAACAUGGACCUGGACCGCUCCUGUCUGGACCUGAUGAUCCGGCUGCUGGAAAUGGACCAGGACCAAUGGAGCGGCUCCGUGGCGGACUCCUCCCAGCUGAGUGCCAGAGAGAUCUGCAAGAUGAAGGAGAAGAUCAGGAAGCUGUGUGACACGGUGCACAACAAGCACCUGGACCUGCAGAACAUCACGACGGGUCACCUGGCCAUGGAGACGCUGUUGUCUUUGACGUCCAAGCGAGCAGGAGACUGGUUCAAAGAGGAGCUCCGCCUCCUGGGAGGACUGGACCACAUUGUGGACAAAGUGAAGGAGUAUGUGGACAACCUGGACCAGGAGGAGGACAAGGACAAGCUGGGCUCAUCCUUGUGGGGAGCGGAGAGAUGUUUACGUGUGCUAGAUAGUGUGACCGUGCACAACGCGGAGAAUCAGAGCUACUUGAUUGCCUACAAAGACUCCUCACUCAUCGUCUCUUGUGCAAAGGCACUGAGGCGCUGCGAGGAUAUGAUCAGGCGUUACAGCAGGGAGGUGAACGCCGGUGGUCGGCAUGCGGUGGUCGGCAAGGCUGUGGAGAACUGCAUGAGAGCCAUCAUUGGAGUCCUGCUCAACCUGACACACGACAAUGAGUGGGGCAGCACCAAAACAGGCGAGCAGGAGGACUUGAUAGUGACGGCACUCAACUGUGUUCUCCGGGUUCCUCAGUACUUUCCUCAGGAGCAGAGGUUUGACAUCCGUGUUCUGGGUCUGGGCUUGUUGAUCAACCUGGUGGAGUACAGCGCCAGGAACCGUUACUGCCUGAUGGAGAUGGAGAUGGAGAGAGGUCAGGGUCCCUGCGACUCCACGGUGCUCCUCAACCUCCCGCAGCAUCAGGACGCCUGCAGCGGCGGCCCGCUCAGCGCAAUCGCCGCUCUGGUGCAGUUGUUCCUGCAGCGAGAGCGAGCCGCCGUGCUGGCCGAGGCGCAGACUGAUGACCUCAUCAAGGAGCCGCCCAAAGCGCCGCUGGACCAGAGUGGAGAGUGGCAGGAGACGGGCGGAGAGAUCCAGUGGGUUGCCAACGACAACCACUGUGCCAACGAUGCCAAGAAGAAGGACAAGGAGGAGGAGGAUGAUGGCGAGCUGGACCUCAAUAAAGCUCUGCAGCAUGCAGGUAAACACAUGGAGGACAGCAUAGUUGCAUCAUACACUGCACUGCUGCUGGGAUGUCUGUGCCAAGGAAGCUCGAUGAAUGUUACUACUGUGAGAGACAACCUGCCUCAAGGAGAUUUCUCCAUCAUGACAGAAAUGCUGAAGAAGUUCCUCAACUUCAUGAACCUCACAUGUGAUGUGGGCACCACAGGACAGAAGUCCAUCUCCCGGAUCAUCGACUACCUGGAACACUGCUAGACACACACACACACACACACACACACACACACACACACACACACACACACACACACACACACACACACACACACACACACACACACACACACAUACACACACACACAAUCCUUUUCAGUAUUGCCUGUUUUAUCAAAGUAUUUCUGCUUCAUGUUUUGAUUGAUUGAUUGAUUGAUUGAUUGAUUGAUUGAUCCCCCAAGCGAGACUUUUUUAUUUGAAGCCUCCAAUUGGAUUUGUCCUUGAGGACCGCUCAUCUUUCUUUACUUCCUCCAACUUCUUUCAUCUCAGGCCAGCUUUUAUUUCUUCUCUUCUUCCGUUGAUGACUUUUACUUCUACGUUGCUUUCUAACGUCUUGCCUGCAGCUUCUUUUAUUGUCGCCAUGGUAACACAAUGCUGUUAUUGUCGCCAUGGUAACACAAUGCUGUUAUUGUCGCCACGGUAACACAAUACCGUUAUCGUCGCCAUGGCAACACAAUGCUCUCGUUCAUGUCAAGUAUUCUUUCUUUAGCGGCUAAUUGUUCUUUUUGGAAGCUGCAUAAAACUUUUUGUUAGUACGUUUGCCAAAUAGGAACCUUUUUGACCUUUAAAACUCUUCAUCUAUCUUUGUGUUCCUAUACACACACACACACACACACACACACACACACACACACACACACACACACACACACACACACACACACACACACACACACACACACACACACACGCACACACACACA